CGUCAAAGCAAGCAAUUCCUAUCUUGUUCUUUUGCGAGUGCGUUGAGUGGUCAGCUGAGACAAGAUACGUUGGUUCGACGGACGGAAGUUGGGAAUUCAAUGAUGGUCGGCAUCUACCAAGAAACCGGGGCCAUGUAGCACCGUCGCGUAUGCGUCGAGGCGUACACGCUUAGAAAUACCUCCAAUCGUGACGUCCGACACUUUCAUAUAUCCCGCCAAAGGUUCAUAGGAUUCCCAGCCCACGUAAAAUUCAGCGUUCACUUUCUAGGAACUAUCCACAUCGGCAUAUGGGUCGUCGCGGGUCUCCCAGUCGGAACAUCGUGGACGUAUUGUCUCAUCUCGGCCGUGUUGCUGUCGAGCAGGAAACAGACGUGCAGGGAAGAACAAGACUGGUGUUAGGCAGCAGGAACCUCGGACAAGAAGAGGAAGACGAAGACCCAACCCUGAAACAGACACCGAGCAGGAAGAUGGAUCUCAGACAAUUCUAUCUCGACUACAUCUCCACGAUCAACAACGCUGAAGAUCUCGCCACCAGUCUGUCCCAAUUCGUUAAGGAAGGUCUUAUACACAGCCACGACGACUCGGCGCCCAUGUCGGUGGCCACGUUUGCAGAGAUGAUAAGGCAGAGUCAGAAAGAUCUUCCCGGGUUGCAUUUUGACGUUGAAAUGCUCAUUGUGGAGAAUGAUGCCAAGCAGGAGGAUGGCAAUGUCGCGUCGAGGAUCAAGCUGACGUACAAGCCGACACCGACGACUACAGAGGCGUUCUACGAGCACUGUAUGUACAGGGUCGAAAGGGGCAAGAUCGUGAGGAUUUGGAGCGUGAUGGAUGGAGCAGGGCAAAAGUGGUUGGACCAGAACUAUGCAGCCAAGAAAUGAGGUGCGUGAGGACAUCUCAGAUGGACUGGAAGAACGAUAACGAGAGUUACGGACUUUGCGUGACUUGGUUGAAGAGAACUAGGAUGGACAACUGAGUUACAAAUGUCUCCACGUUGAGCCUGAUAUUGGAAUCGAACAACAAUUCCUUGUCGUAGGGCUUCGAAGCCAGGAGAACGAAGUUAUAUGAAUGUUAUGAUAUUGAGGGCAGCAUCGGUGACUGCAGGUUGUCGGCACUCCUUUCGCAUCGGAUGUUGACCAAAGCUGGCGUCACUUGUGCCAAUCUGGACACAGUGAUCCAAGGUUCUGUCCGUAUCCUACAUUUGAUAUGCGCAACUGUCGGCGGACUUGCUCCCGAGGUGAUGGGGGACCUGUUCUGGGAUGAUGUUGAUGUUGAUAGAGGAGGCUCGUAUUGAUGAGAAGGAAUAAAGGAACCGAUCGUCGUGCAUUACAG